GUGAAAGAGGGGGAGGCCUUUCUCAGAUAAGUUCGGUCUCCACACCCAUUUCACUUAGACAUCACCAGCACAAAUCUCUGCAUCAUCUCCACUUUUACAACUUAGGACAGUCAAAAUGAUGAUAUCGGAAUUUCUUGGACAGCUGUCAAUCAACGUUGGGGGCCAGGAGGCCAGGUUCCCCACAGUGCUACCUGCUACAGACUUUGACCCCGACAGAGAUGCUGCCAGAAUAGAGACCGCCAUCAAAACCAAAGGGGUGGAUGAACAGACGAUCAUCGAUGUCCUAACAAAGCGCACCUACUCCCAAAGGAGAGAAGUUGCUUUUUCAUAUGAAAGAAGGGCAAAGAAGGACAUGAUCACAGCCCUUAAGGGAGCGCUGUCUGGCUCGCUGGAAACUGUGGCCCUCGGGCUGAUGAAGAGUGCGACCCAGUUUGAUGCCUCAGAGAUCAGAGGAUCUAUCAAGGGUUUGGGAACAGAUGAAGAAACUCUGAUUGAGAUUUUGUGCUCACGCAGCAAUGACGAGCUGGUGGAAAUCAAGAAGGUCUACAAGGAGAUGUUCAAGAAGGAACUGGAGAAAGAUGUUGCUGGUGAUACAUCUGGGAACUUUGCCAAGCUGCUCUUGGCUCUUGUGCAGACCAAGAGAGCAGAUCCAUCUGCAAUGGUAGACUAUGAAAAGAUUGACCAAGAUGCCAGAGCUCUCUAUGACGCUGGAGUAAAGAUAAAAGGAACUGAUGUGGCAACCUGGAUCUCCAUUAUGUCUGAGAGAAGCGCUCCCCACCUGCAGAAAGUGUUUCAGAGGUACAAGAGCUACAGCCCCUACGACAUGCAGGAGAGUAUUAUGAAGGAAGUAAAGGGCGACUUGCAGAGGUCCUUCCUGGUGCUCGUUCAGUGCUUUGAAAACAAACAGCUGUUCUUCGCCAAAAGACUGAAUGAAGCCAUGAAGAGUAAAGGAGCCAAAGAGAAGAUAGUGACCAGAAUUAUUGUGUCACGCUGCGAAGUGGACCUGAAAAAGAUCUGUUCUGAAUACAAGGCCAACUUUGGACAGUCUCUGCAACAGACCAUCGCGGAACAUACCAAGGGAGACUACCAGAAAGUACUGCUUGGCCUGUGUGGAGCAGAGGAGUAAAACUAAAUCAUCAGUAUCAAAAAGGUGUCACUUUCCACCACUGGAAAUCUGUUACUGGAGAGGUGGGCUUGUGAUUAUCAUUCCUGCAACAAUUUGUGUCACAAAAACCCAUCUUACUUUUUGGGAACAUACAGUUGAGAGCAACAUUUGAGGAAGGAAAAAUGUCUGCCUUUUAAUACACAAAGAUCUGAGUUACAGUCUAUGUUUGUUAUACUAAAAUGGUAAUAAAGUUGCUUCAUUGGA